AGCAGCUGCAAGCAGAGAGAGGCGACAGCUUAAAAAGGGCGGGUGCAAGCUCACGGUCACGGUGGCCAUGGCCGGCGGCAGGCCCACGGCCGAGGCGGAGUGGCUCGGCGAGCCCCUGCUGCUUAUGCUGCCGCCGCUGCGCCUGCGGUGGCCGCCGUCGGGCGCCGAGCAGCUGGUGGCGGCGUGGGGCGCGGUGCGCGCGUCGGCCGUGGCGCCGGCUCUCGCGGCCGCGUCCGCCGCGUGCCUGGCGCUGUCCGCCAUGCUGCUCGCCGACGCCGUGCUCAUGGCCGCCGCCGCCAGCUUCGCGCGGCGCCGGCGGCGGUACCGCGCCGCCCCGCUCGGCGUCGGCGGCGACGACGAGGAGGAAGACGAGGAGGCCGGCCGUGUCGCCUACCCCAUGGUGCUCGUCCAAAUCCCCAUGUACAACGAGAGGGAGGUGUACAGGCUCUCGAUUGGUGCAGCUUGCGGGCUAUCGUGGCCGUCGGAUAGGCUCAUUGUGCAAGUUCUGGAUGAUUCCACGGAUCCAACGGUCAAGGGUCUGGUGGAGCUUGAAUGCAAGUGUUGGGGUAAUAAAGGCAAGAUUGUAAAAUAUGAGGUGCGAAACAACCGGAAAGGAUACAAAGCUGGCGCAUUGAAGGAAGGAAUGCUGCGUGACUAUGUCCAACAGUGUGAUUAUGUUGCUAUAUUUGAUGCUGAUUUCCAACCAGAACCUGACUUUCUCCUGAGAACGAUUCCCUAUCUUGUGCGCAAUCCGCAGAUUGGUCUUGUUCAAGCACACUGGGAAUUUGUUAACACCAAUGAAUGUCUGAUGACAAGGAUACAGAAGAUGACACUGCAUUAUCACUUCAAAGUAGAGCAGGAAGGAGGUUCAUCCACCUUUGCCUUCUUUGGAUUCAAUGGAACUGCUGGGGUUUGGAGAAUCUCUGCCCUUGAAGAAGCCGGGGGCUGGAAGGAUCGAACCACAGUGGAAGACAUGGAUUUGGCAGUCAGAGCAGGUCUUAAAGGAUGGAAAUUUGUCUAUGUUUCUGAUGUCAAGGUAAAGAGUGAACUUCCAAGCAAUCUGAAGACAUAUCGUUAUCAACAACACAGGUGGACUUGUGGGGCAGCAAAUUUAUUCCGGAAGGUUGGAGCAGAAAUAUUACUUACUAAGGAGGUGCCAUUUUGGUGGAAGUUUUAUUUGCUCUACAGCUUCUUUUUUGUGAGGAAGGUUGUUGCCCAUGUGGUACCUUUCAUGCUCUACUGUGUAGUGAUCCCGUUUUCGGUCCUAAUCCCCGAGGUCACUGUUCCUGUAUGGGGAGUGGUCUAUGUCCCAACAACAAUAACACUUCUACAUGCCAUUAGAAACACAAGUUCCAUCCACUUCAUACCAUUCUGGAUCCUCUUUGAGAAUGUGAUGUCGUUUCAUCGAACAAAGGCGUUGUUCAUUGGCUUGCUGGAGCUGGGGGGUGUGAAUGAGUGGGUGGUCACUGAGAAGCUCGGCAACGGCAGCAACACAAAGCCUGUACCUCAAAUACUGGAACGGCCUCCAUGCAGGUUCUGGGACAGAUGGACCAUGUCAGAAAUUUUGUUCUCUAUCUUCCUUUUCUUCUGUGCGACCUACAACUUGGUUUAUGGAGACGACUACUAUUUCAUUUACAUAUAUCUACAGGCUAUAGCAUAUCUUGUUGUUGGCACUGGUUUCUGUGGAACCCAGAGUGCUAACUCGUAGCAGAAAAGAACACUGACUACUGAACUGAAGGAAUUGUUCACUGUAGUUGAUGCUGCAAUAACCUCAUCUGUUUGUCUAAUUGUUUUGUAUGAAUGAAGGCAAAAGAUCACCUGAAAAAAAUAAGAAUGGUAUGUUGCUUGGUGCCGGAAGGUAGCUGGGGGCGAAUUGUAAUAUGACAUUUGUAAUUAGUACAAAGAUCUACACUUAAUUUCAUUCAUAGGACAACUGUUUGUUGUUGUACUGCAUCAUUGUGCUGGUUCAUGUUGAUGCCACCGU